AUGUCCCUCAAACUGCCGCGGAACUGGGAUUUCAACCUGAAAAUGGAUGCUACGAAAAUAGCCCGCUCCAAGAGCGUGAUGAGUGGCGAGGCAGCAGCUGUCCGGCCAGGCUCCCCCAACCCGCUGGAGCGGCCCCUGAAGAUCGGCUGGCUGAAAAAGCAGCGCUCCAUUGUCAAGAACUGGCAGCAGCGGUACUUCGUGCUCAAGGGCCAGCAGCUCUACUACUACAAGGACGAGGAUGAUGUCAAGCCACAGGGCUGCCUGUCUCUCCAGGGAAGCACCAUAAAGGAGGUAGCUGGCAACUCAGAGGAAGGAGGGAAAUUUAUCUUCGAAAUCAUCCCAGGGAUCUCUGGAGAUCUGAACCGGGCAGGGCAGGACACCUGUGUGCUCAUGGCCACUUCCCAGUCCGAGAUGGAGGAGUGGGUUAAAUCCAUCCGACGGGUGCUGGGUUCAGCGUCAGGAGCGGUGUUUGGCCAACGCUUGGCAGAGACCAUGGCCUAUGAGCAGAAAUUCGGGCAGCACCAGGUGCCCAUCCUGGUGGAGAAGUGUGCUGAGUUUAUCCGGGAGCACGGCGUGAAUGAGGAGGGCAUCUUCCGCCUCCCUGGCCAGGACAACCUCGUGAAACAGCUCAGGGACGCCUUUGACGCCGGGGAAAGGCCAUCAUUUGACCGGGACACGGAUGUGCACACCGUGGCCUCCCUGCUCAAGCUCUACCUGCGGGAGCUCCCCGAGCCGGUUGUGCCCUGGAUACAGUAUGAGGAUUUCCUGCUGUGCGGCCAGGCGCUGGACAUGGAUGAGAGAAAGGGUCAUCAGGAACUUCUGGAGCAACUGUCUCUCCUUCCCAGAGACAACUACAAUCUCCUCAGCUAUAUCUGCAGGUUUCUACAUGAAAUACAGCUGAACUCUAGCGUCAACAAGAUGAGUGUGGAUAACCUGGCAACAGUCAUUGGAGUGAACCUCAUCAGACCCAAGAUAGAGGAUCCUGCAACUAUUAUGAGAGGCACUCUGCAGAUCCAGAAAGUGAUGACUGUGAUGAUCAGUGACCAUGCAGACCUCUUUCCCCCAUCCAAGGAUGUGAUGCCCUCCCCACCGACCCAACAAAAUGACAAGAAAGCUCCCAUCCCACGCAGCUCUGUGGGCUGGGAUGCUGCAGAGGACACCACGGUGCCCAGGGCAGACAGCUUGAUCCAAAGGCAAACGAGAGACAACCUGAAUGCCAGCAGUGCUCCCAGAUUGGCUGUCAGCUCAAGUGCACCCAGCGAAGAUAACGGCAUGCAACCCUCCAAAGAUACACUGGGAAUGUGGAAAGCACAAUCAAGGAAAAGAACUCAAACUUUACCUAACAGGAAAUCUUUCCUGACAGCUGCUUCUCCAGCGGAGAAAGGCAACAAUGACAAAAAUGACAUAUUUGCCAGUGACUUUUGGAAAGGCUCCCCAGGGAGCAGCAUGUGCUCCGUACCCUCUGAAGGACAUAAGAGAACGUUAUCCCAUGAUCUUUUCAAGCUGCUCGAUCUUCACCGGGCUUCAACUUACGACAACGUGCCUACCUCUCCAGCAGAAAGUGAUGAAGGCAGCAGCUCCAGCCCCAUCCCUGCAAGCAGCAGCUCUGAUAAGGAAUUCCAACCCUGCCCUAGUCCCAGCCACCAGUCAAAGGAGCCGUCCAGUCCUGCCAGCAGCCCUGCUGAGGUCUCCCAGCCUGCUCCAGAGAGCAAGGAGUUUCUGCAAAACAUGAUCCUGAAGCUGGAGAAAGAAAUGGAGGCACAAAAAAAUGACUAUGAGGAACAAAUUAAAAGCCUUGAGAAGGAAAACUAUGAAGUCUGGGCCAAAGUGGUGAGGCUGAACCAAGACAUUGAGAGGGAGAAGAAGAAGUCUGAGGAACUGGAGCUGAAGCUGAUGAACAUGGAGCGUUCACAGGAGGACUUGGAGAAGAAAAACAAGAUGCUUGAGGAGGAGAUAAAAAACAUUGCUAAAUCCAGGAGCAAAAAUGAUGCCAAAAACAACUAG